AUGUCAACAUAUGCAGAAUUGAGUGGCACAUCAUCCGGCCAUGAUAUCUUGAAUCUGCCUGUGACCGGACAAGACACUCAUUUUUCGACAGACGCAGAUUACCAUGGCCGACAGAAACGGUCUGCCGGCGAUAGUGUUCGUCACUACCCUCUCCACCUUCCCGGACUGUCGUUUGAAAGAUAUGAACAUCGGCGGCUGGGCGUCCGUGAGGCCCUGGUCAGUCGCCUUGUGGCCGACAUAAUGGGCUCAACGAGGGCAACUCAUGCUGAGAAGGAACUGGAGAUGCGCAGUACUUUGGGCCCUAUAGUCAUGCCUGAUACAUUCCCAACCAUGGGGGAGAUGAGACAAGCUUUGGAGCUUGAGCGCGAUCUUUGGCUGCUGGAAGACAUGGCUCACCUCAAGCCAUCGUACAAGCCACCGCGAGACGCUCGCUUGAGCAGGCAAUGUGGCCGGUGGGAACUGAACAGCUCAGCAAAUGCUUCACCUUUGCAAAAGUCAUGGACCUUGUGUGACAAGAUUUUGGAUUUAGUACAAAGGCAUUACAUCGAGGUGGAUGAGGCAGCCACAAGGCAAUGGUUCCGCAUCAUGCGAUUCCCACAGGGUCCAAUACAGCCCUUCAGACCGAAACCCCCGACCGCCGGGGCACUGGCCGAUCCCACGAGAACUGUGAGCGCAACUCCUCGUGCAAAGCCACGUCGAGGCACACGUGCCGCAGUCAUACAGUCUUGCGAGGCUAGACGCAAUCACAGUCGCUUACAAGACCGAGCUGUGCACGUCUCCGCCGACGGUCUCAGGUAUCACCGACAGGCCCUGGAGAGAUUUGCCAGAACCCAGGAUAGUAUGCGUCUAUACGACGGCGGUGCGAUAAGGCCAUGGAAUAGUCAGGUACUCGACUUCAGCCGUUCAAUCACUGCUCAUCAAAUCAGCAUGAUCGGGCAUGAGUUGAUAACGCCCAUCUGGCCUCAUUCCCGCGUCCUCAGGCGCUUCAAGGUUCGCACUGCGUGGAAACACCGUCGCAAAAUAAAGGAUCCGCUAUUCAUGACAGCUCACCCCCCUUUCAGCCCGGAUCGAUCUCGUGGCCCCUUCAGAUACUAUGCGCAGAAUUGCAAGUUGGAAAACCCAGCCAAGAGGAAGCGUUCACUCAGCGAGCCCCCGCCCGGUAUGUUCGCGCAUGCCAGGCUACCGCGACCGGCGCAUCACGGCCCCGUAAUUGAGAUGGAGAUCGCAUACCCGCGUUUGUCGCUUGCCCAGAUAGAUAGACGGUCCAGACGGAGAAGUCUUGACCAUGGAAACAUUGAGGAUAUGCUGGGCGGCGCACCCAUCCGAGGAGACCGGACCCUGGCUUACCGUUUACCUGAUCAACAAAUUGACCUGGAAGCAAAGGAUGACGGCAGCUGCACGGGUGGUCUGCAGGACCCUUGCCCCUCCAGUGUCGAAAGAAGGCGAUCUGGACACUACAAAGGACCAAUGGUAGUACAGAGAGGUGUCUGGUGCCCUACUUGCGAUGCAUUCCAUGCGCUCUCAGACCUUCAUAACUUGACGGUUGAGGCGGGUCCCGUUCAAACAAUGCAUCACUCGACGGAUGAAAUCGGCUUGGUCACGAGCUCCAUCCGGGUCUGGGACGAAGAGAGAUUUGGUGAUUUUCGGAGCCGGAGUGAUACAUUACCUCCUACUGAAGCUUCAUCCAGCACCAUCUGCUCCAACUGCACAGGGAAGGGUCACUCAGAAACUGGUUGCUCUCUUCGCUGCGGUCACUGCGGCGCUCUCGGUUGUGAUGUGAACCCAUUGGAUCAGGAGCGACCCAAGUUUCAGAUCGUCCGCUCUCAGCCGCCUGCUUUACCUUCAAGGUAUCAUCAUGCAGACGAGUGCGAAGUGCCUAAGAGGAACCGGUGUAAGUGUGUCUCUUUCCCGACCUUUCACACCGCCAAAGACUGCACCGUCACAUGCUCCCGGCCGUGUGGAAACCCCUGGCCACCAGGCCAUUUCAAGCAUAGAAAUGCCAUGACUUGCAAAUACCGUUGCUGCAUGUGCGGUAUACGCGGUCACGCAGGCAAGGACUGCCACUUGACAAAGGAUUCCUGCCUUUGCGGAGCACACCACCUCGGCCAGGACUGUGGCUGGAAGCCAGAGUGUCGCGUCCCUGGCUGCGAUCGAUACCACUGCAGAAUCCACUGCCGGCGCUGCGACGCGCUUCGGACGCCAAAGGGCACCAAGCCCGACCCCGCCCUCCGCUUCCGGCUUUGUGCCGAAUGCACGGCGGCCGAGGUGAAACGAGAAGAAGAACAACACGCCAGGGGUGCCGCUGCCGUCUGGUCCAGGCUUGUCACCGGCGCCUACGUUCGAUACCGCCAGAUGGACCAAAACCCUGCAAUGCUUGUCGACUCACCAUUUGAGCUGUUCCGGGACACGCUCGCGCGGUUGAACGUCGGCCGGCUCCGCGACCUGUUUUGGCCCGGCCAGGUGGAUCUGCCCACGGGCGAGUCCAACUAUGUCAACUUUCAGAUAUCACAGCUGCGGUAUGGUUGUCGUAAGAUGAGCAAGCUUUUUCUAGCAACGGUAGAUGGCCAGCCUCCACAAGAGAUGCCCCGUGGCGGGCCUGCUGAGACCAUGGCGUUUCUUGAGAGCGCGAUGGAUUGCGCGGCGCGGGAGAAGCGAGCAUCGAUGCACGAGGAGCAGGCAAAGGGCAAACAGGCCGCGGAGAAGUAG